AUGGACUCAUCUCGUUUGUCCGGAGGUCGCCCCGGGAGGCGAUACGGGGAGACCCGACAGCAACAAUCGCCGUCAUUCGGUACCGCCUCAUAUACUGAUUCCGCUUCUGCCUUCAACAUGACUCCAUCCCCAGCGGACAAUAGCUUCAUCCAACCAUCUUCUGCAACCUACACAACCAUACGAUCCGUGCAUACGCAACAUCAUCUCUACUCUUCGCCACCAGAAUACGUUUCGCAGCGCUAUACCGCCACCGACAUGUCCUCGAUGGAUCAGUAUCAUCUCGCACGAUCUCAUCCUUCGAACGCGGGGCCAACCAUGGACCAACUCUAUCUUGCUGACCAGUCUCUCCACCAAUACUCUCGAUCCGACCUCGACCUCUCGUCCCAUUCUACCCUCGAGAGCUCCGAAUCCUUCAAUGGCAUGCUUCCCACCUCCUCCACCGCUGCUGCCUACUUCCCACUCACGGAGCAGUGGUAUCCUCCUCUGCAGACUCAACCUCACCAUCACCAACCAUCCUAUUACGUGACAUCCGCUCCUUCAUCCUCCACCUCAUCACCCCAUCUCCCUACCUCCCACCCUACCUCCCUCUUCCCCCCACCCGGCACCCCCUGCCCAUCCUCUAGCUCCCGACUCUCACCCCUCUCCAGCGGAGGAGACCACCACCACUACCACUAUAUCACCGCCGGCGCCGGCGCCGGCGGCAGAGGCGGCAGCAGCAGCAUCGCCAGCAUGACCGACGACGACACGCAAGACACCAACACGCCAACCAGCCAACCGAGUCCCAGCCCCCGAGACCUCACCGAAUACGGCAUCCCCAAUCCCGACGGCAGCUGGCGGUGCGCGUACCCCGGCUGCACGUCCCAAACGACAUUCCGCCGCGGCUGCGAUCUCCGGAAACACUUCAACCGACACCGCAAACACCUCUUCUGUCGGUACCCAGAGUGCGCGCAGUCCACGACUGGCGGCUUCUCGAGCAAAAAGGACCGAGAUCGUCAUGAGGCGAAACAUAAUCCGGGCAUCUCGUGCGAGUGGCCGAAUUGUCGACGCAUGUUUAGUCGUGUGGAUAAUAUGAAAGAUCAUGUGAGACGGGUUCAUCGGAGGGAUUUUUGA